AUCACCAAUGUGUUGUAUACGCCGCCAACAACAUUAGGAACAAGGGAGAGUCGGGAGAGUAGUAAAUAAUGGCCUCCGAUACAGAAUGUGCCGCAUCAGAAAAUAAACGAAAAUUAGAAGAAGAUGAAGCUGGGGAGGAUGAGUGGAUUGGACCUAUGCCUUCUGAGGCAGCAAAAACAAAGAAAAGAAAAGUUUUGGAGUAUGAGCGCGUUUACCUGGACAAUCUGCCGUCAGCCAGCAUGUAUGAACGGAGCUACAUGCACAGAGAUGUGAUUACAUACAUUGUCUGCACAAAAACUGAUUUCAUUAUAACAGCCAGUCAGGAUGGACACGUGAAGUUCUGGAAGAAGAAGGAGGAUGAGGGGAUUGAGUUUGUCAAACACUUCCGCAGUCACCUUGGGGUGGUGGAGUGUAUAUCGGUCAGUGCAGAAGGUGCUCUGCUCUGUUCGGUUGGAGAUGACCAGGCCAUGAAGGUCUUUGAUGUUGUCAACUUUGACAUGAUCAAUAUGCUGAAACUAGAUUUUCAUCCUGGCCAGUGUGAGUGGAUCUACAACCCUGGGGACGCCAUAUCCACCGUGGCCUGCUCUGAGAAAUCCACUGGAAAAAUAUUCGUUUACGACGGCCGUGGCGGCAACCAGCCGCUUCACACAUUCGAAAAGAUGCACUCUGCCCCCCUCUCUCAGAUUCGGCUGAACGCCAAGUUCCAUGUCAUUGUGUCUGCGGACAAGACUGGCAUGGUGGAGUACUGGACUGGGCUGCCCAGAGAGUUCAAGUUCCCCAGACAUGUUCAGUGGGAGUACAAGACAGACACUGACCUGUAUGAGUUUGCAAAGCACAAAACCUACCCCACCAGCUUGACCUUUUCCACGGACGGCAAGAAAAUGGCCACCAUUGCCACAGACAGGAAGGUCAGGAUCUUUCGCUUCCUGACUGGGAAGCUGAUGAGGGUGUUUGACGAAUCAUUAACAAUGUUUACAGAACUGCAGCAGAUGCGGCAGCAGCUCCCUGAUAUGGAGUUUGGGCGACGAAUGGCUGUGGAGCGGGAGCUGGGGAAGGUUGAUGGCAUCCGCCUAACCAACAUCAUCUUUGAUGAGACGGGACACUUUGUGCUCUACGGUACAAUGCUGGGCAUCAAGGUCAUCAAUGUGGAAACCAACAGAUGUGUUCGUAUCCUGGGCAAGCUAGAGAACAUCCGCGUGGUGCAGCUUAGCCUCUUUCAGGGGGUCUCCAAGGCUGCCAGAGCUGCCCCCACUGUUGAGAUGAAGGCCUCUGAUAACCCCGCACUCCAAAGCGAUGAGCCUGACCCUACCAUCUUCUGCACUGCCUUCAAGAAGAACCGCUUUUAUUUGUUCACAAAGCGGGAGCCGGAGGACACCAAGAGCGCCGACUCUGAUCGAGACAUCUUUAACGAGAAGCCCUCUAAGGAGGAGGUGAUGGCCGCUACCCAGGCCGAAGGACCAAAGAGGGUGUCGGACAGCGCAAUCAUCCACACCACCAUGGGAGACGUCCACAUCAAACUCUUCCCUGUGGAGUGCCCCAAAACGGUGGAGAAUUUCUGUGUGCACAGCAGGAAUGGCUACUUCAAUGGACACAUAUUCCACAGAGUCAUUAAAGGGUUUAUGAUCCAGACGGGUGAUCCGACGGGCACAGGCAUGGGUGGUGAGAGCAUCUGGGGUGGUGAGUUUGAGGACGAGUUCCAUGCCACGCUACGCCACGACCGGCCGUACACGCUGAGUAUGGCCAACGCAGGUCCCGGCACCAAUGGAUCCCAGUUCUUCGUCACUGUUGUUCCCACGCCAUGGCUGGACAACAAGCACACGGUCUUUGGGAGGUGUACGAAAGGGAUGGAGGUGGUUCAGAGGAUCUCCAAUGUAAAGGUCAACCCCAAAACAGACAAACCGUAUGAGGACAUCAGCAUCAUUAACAUCACCAUCAAGUAAACUCUUAACAAGGGAAUCAUCGGAGGCUUUUUUUAAAAUGUACAAUAAAAAGUAUUGUGUAUGUAA